CUUGUGAAUUCUCUCCCUGCAGGAAGCCCGAAAGGUCUGAUGAUCCGGCUGGUGAAUGGCUCUGGUCCCCAUGAAGGACGUGUGGAGGUGUACCAUGACCGACGCUGGGGGACAGUGUGUGACGAUGGAUGGGACAAGAAAGAUGGGGAUGUGGUGUGCAGGAUGCUGGGCUUCCGAGGAGUGGAGGAGGUGUACAGGACAGCUAGAUUUGGGCAAGGCACAGGACAGAUUUGGAUCGAUGAUAUCGCCUGCAAGGGGACAGAAGAUAACAUCCUCCAGUGUAGCUUCUCCAGCUGGGGGAAGACCAACUGCGGCCACGCAGAGGAUGCAGGGUUGACGUGCAGACACUGAGAAUGGGCAGGACGGUGCUGCCCUAGUGUGCUGGCGAUGUAGCUGCUGGUCUCCAUUGCCUAUCCCUGGGGAGGCUGGGACCUUGCACCCAGGCAGCCCAGUAGCAUUCCUGCUCAGCCCCGGCCCCUUCCCCUGCACUGCACCCCUAAGCCUACCGCUCACUAAUGAGCCGCCAUAACUCUUUAGUUAGACAGCUGCUAAAAACAGGGCCUCUGGGAUUGACUGCAAAUCUUUUCCCUCCUGGACCAACUGGAUCAACAAUUUGCUGACCUUAUUCAGUGCCAAAAGUAGCUCCUUAGAAUCCAUAUCAUGCUUGUUUUCAUUCUGUUGGUAACAGUUAAAUGCUGGGAAUGUGUCAAAAGCAACUCCGUUAUAUGUAGUUGUGGGGAGCGGGGUUAGCACGAAUAAUUAAAUCAACAGAAAGUUCCCAAA